AUGGGUGAAGGCGAUCCUUCUCCUCCACCUCCUAAGUACGAACUGUUCACAGACUAUUAUCUUCAUCCGAGUGAAGGAUCUCAGUUGGUGAUUUGUCUUGUGUUGCUUACCGUCGACAACUAUGAAGAGUGGUCAAGAUCGAUUCGCAACAAUCUUCGUUCCAAGAGCAAGCUCGGGUUUGUUGAUGGUUCUAUUGUCAAGCCCGACUCUAAGCACUCGGAUUACCGUCAAUGGGGUAUUAUUAAUUCUAUUGUUGUUUCUUGGAUUUAUAAUACUCUUGAUGCUAGUAUUCGUUCUAUUAAUUUGUUGUCUAAUUAUGUGAAACUGCCUGCUUAUACUUGUUCUGCUGCGAAAGAAUAUGCUAAGUUGCAUGAAAAUGACUUGUUGCAUCUAUUUUGUCUUGGUUUGGAUCCUAAGAAGUUUGGUUUCGUUGUUUCUACUUUGUUGAUGAGUGAUCCUUUACCUAUUAUGAAUGCUGCUUAUGCUAAAGUUGUUGUUGAUGAGUGUAAGCAAUCUGUGUUUGAGAAGGAGUGUACUUAUUGUAAAAAGUUUGGUCAUGAUAAGGACCAUUGUAAUGAGUUGCACGGAUUUCCGGGUGGAGGUCGUGGUGUUCGGUCGUUUGGUAAGGGCAAGGGUGAGUUUGCUCGUGCUGUUGGUAGCUGUAGAGGUUCAAAUGAGCAGGUUUCUGAUUCUGAUCGUGGGAGUGUUCCAACGUUCUUUGAUGCUCAAUGGAAGGAAAUCAUGGUUGCGGUAAAGGGUGCUAAGUCUGGCUCCUCGUCGGAUAGUAACAAACUUGGUACGUAUAAUUCUAUUGAGUGGCUCAUUGAAACUAGAGCUUCCAAUCAUUUGUCUGGUAACAUAGUUCUUUUCAUUGAUUUGUAUGAUGUUUCUUCGCCUGUUGGUUUACCCAAUGGGAAGAGCACGACAGCUACAAAAGAAGGCAGAGUUUUUCUGUCUGAUGGUUUAACUCUUGAUAAUGACCACAGUUUGAAGAACCUGAUUGGAGCGGGGGAGCAGUGUGAUGGGGUCUAUAUUUUUCGUCCGGCUCGUGCUCGGAACCUUCAGGAGAACAAAGUGGUUGUUUCAUAUGCAAGUGUGUUAUGGCAUAGGCGUCUCGGGCAUUCGUCAAUGCAAGUUUUGAUUUGUGAGUUUUGUGCUAUGGCUAAGACUCAAUUUGGCCGGAAAGUGAAAGUGAUUCGUAGUGAUAAUGGCCAAGAGUUUCUCAGUUUGGGGUCUUUUACUAAGAAAGGUAUUUUACAUCAGACGUCGUGUGUUGACACGACUCAGCAGAAUGGUCGGGUUGAACGCAAACAUCGGCAUAUUUUAAAUGUGGCUCGUGCUCCUCGAUUUCAGGCUAAGUUGCCCAAGUAUUUUUGA